UACUUGUAACUAUUGCUUGGUGGGGAGUUUGGUUUUUUGCUCCUGUCUUUUACUCUCGUUUCGAACGCCUUUUAGUGUUCUUGGCUGCUCAGAAUCUCUCUUCUACACUUCUCUAUUUUGUCCUUCUUCCAUUAAUCUGUGUUCAUAAGUGUUUGCUCUGCUCUCUCUUUAGGGUUUUGAUUCUGUUCUGAAGCUGAGUUCAAGACUGAUACAUUAUCCAGAUCGGAUUGUACAUGCUAGCUUGUUUGAGUUUCGGGAGUUCGAUUUUCGAGACAAAUAGCGGGAAGCUCUAAUCCUACCUAGCUGAAACGUUGAAGCUUCCAUUGAUUCGAAAAUGCGUGAAGGGUGUCAUGGAAUUGUGAUCUUGCUUCUAUUUGGCAUGUGUGUCAAUUCAUUAGGUGCGUUUGUGGGGGUCAACCUCGGGACCGACGUCUCCAAUCUUCCAUCAGCUUCAGAUAUAGUUGCAAUUCUUAAAUCCCAUCAUAUUACUCAUCUUCGCCUUUAUAAUGCUGAUGCUCAGCUGCUAAAGGCCUUAGCAAACAGUAGCAUCGAGGUAAUUGUUGGUGUCACGAACGAGGAAGUUCUCAGGAUCGGUGAAUCGCCUGCAGCCGCUGCAGCCUGGGUUAAUAAAAACGUUGCAGCUUACUUGCCAGGAACAAAUAUUACGGCCAUUGCUGUUGGCAGUGAGGUCCUUUCUACAAUUCCUCAAGUUGGUCCAGUCUUAGUUCCAGCCUUGUAUUCCCUACAUAAGGCCUUGGUUGCUGCCAAUCUAAACUAUCUGGUCAAGGUUUCCACUCCCCAAUCAAUGGACAUGAUACCCCGACCUUUCCCCCCGUCCACCGCUACCUUUAACGCUUCAUGGAACGCUACUAUGUAUCAGCUUCUCCAGUUCUUAAAGAACACGAAGUCCUACUACAUGUUGAAUGCCUAUCCUUAUUUGGGAUACACUAGCGGGAAUGGAAUUUUUCCGCUCGAUUAUGCACUUUUUCGAUCACUUCCUGCAAUUAAGCAGAUUGUUGACCCAAACACUCUUUUCCACUAUAAUAGUAUGUUUGAUGCUAUGGUUGAUGCAACUUACUACUCGAUCGAUGCUUUCAAUUUUUCUGGGAUUCCCGUCGUGGUUACCGAGACUGGCUGGCCAUGGUCUGGUGGAGCAAAUGAACCUGAUGCUACAAUUCAAAAUGCUGGCACCUAUGUUAAUAAUCUGAUCAGGAGAGUUUCUAAUGAUUCUGGUCCACCAAGUCAGCCAACCAUACCUAUCAACACGUACAUUUACGAGUUGUUUAAUGAAGACAAGCGGUCUGGCCCGGUCUCGGAGAAAAACUGGGGUAUACUUUUCUCCAAUGGCUCUACUGUUUAUCCUUUGGGUUUGGCUUCUGGCCGUGCAACCGCGAAUUCUUCUACGGUUUAUUGUGUGGCUAAAGAUGGAGCUGAUGAAGAUAAGUUGCAGGACGGUCUGAAUUGGGCUUGUGGACAAGGAGGGGCAAACUGUGCUGCCAUUCAGCAAGGCAGGCCAUGCUUUCUCCCUAAUAACAUUACUGACCAUGCUUCUUAUGCUUAUAAUGAUUACUACCAGAAAAUGCAUACUGCUGGUGGUACGUGCGACUUUGACGGUACUGCUACACUUACGACGAUCGAUCCUAGUCAUGGCUCUUGCAUAUACACAGGAAGCUCCAAUUCAAGUGGUGGAGGUGGAGUUUCUCCUCCAGCAUUGGGGCCUUCAGGUCAGCUUCCUGGUGCAAGUUCAAAGCUGCAGGUCUCUUCAUAUCAGCUCUUGAUUUGGGUAAUCUUUUCUUGGGCUUUAAUGGUUUCUUUGACAUGAGAGGUGAAAUUUUCAGAUUGCUAAUUCAUUGAUCACAUAUGGUUCUUUGUUCUUCAGUUCUUGGUGCUCUUGUUUAUUGUUCUUUGUUCUUUGUAAUUUGUUCUUCUGAGGUUUUAGUAACUGGGUGGUUCUUUGUUCUUCAGUUCUUGGUGCUCUUGUUUAUUGUUCUUUGUUCUUUGUAAUUUGUUCUUCUGAGGUGUUAGUAACUGGGUUUAGUCUUUUUGAUUAAUUCAUAUUAUUCUUGAAAUGAUUUCUUCCCAUUUUUGCGAACCAAUCCAAUCCAUGCUCUUCUUAGUAUCUAGAAUCUUGGGGUUUGCUUUGUAUUCGACGCAACUUUACGGGGGGGGGGGCGUAGACGUUGUCUAUAUGUAUAUUUUUUUGUAUUCGUGAC